UCCCGUGAUCCGUGGGCCCAGCUCUCAAAUAUUUCGGUGCUAAAUUUUCGACCUCUUCUCCUCCUUCGUGCCAAUCUCUGCAUUCGCCAAGUUGCUCCAUCCGCACACUUGUGUAAACAGCGCUGCGGAUUAUCUGCACUUCAUUAGCUGCUUUACUUGAGUCGAGUACUAGACUCGGCUAAUCAACCAUUAGCUUGACAAUGAACCAAAGGUAAGAAAAGUCGCUCUGCAUCGAAGCACAUCAGCUUCCCCUACACAAUGCUUGCCAAUAUGCGAACCUGGAAAGAUCUUGUCUCAAUUGGUCAAAUCUUCAAGGGUCUUAGCAUAUUGCAAUGCACACCCGCUAUUAUGAUGACACUAUAUCCUGUGCUUAGAGAAUCCAUUCAUUUGGCCUCUGUGAUGGCCUUGAUUUAUAGACUACAACGGUAUCUGAUAUAGCAAUACCUUUUCACUCUUUAUUACCCUGAACGUCGUUGUUCCGUGUUAUCAGUCACUAACAGACAACCCUUUUAGUACAAGAUGAAAUCAAGACAAUGAUGUCUGCUGUGCAAUCAUUACCAACCGACGUCGCCGCCCCGCCGGCCGAGUCAAACCGCCCGUCAUCGGGAAACAUAAAAACUCCUCAAAAACGUGCUGGUCCAUCUAUACAUCAGAUAUACGCUCUCCCACUUCCCAUUAAAACCUUCCCUCUACCAACCUUCUACCCCAACAACCCCCUUUCCUUAUUUCACGUCGGUGUAGCAUGGCUCAAGCAAACCCUAAGUCCGCCACCUGCACAACCCUCCGUAAUUCAUAAUGGCGUUUGGUCAGAAGGCACAACAUCGGUGCACAUCACAAGCGAGCAAUCUAUGAGGGCGCUAUGGGAGCAGGGCUUCUUUGGCAAAGGCAGCCUCAGUCGUAGCGAGCCCAAUUGGCUGAAGCGCGAGCUUGUUCGCCGAGGCGACGAGGCUGGCUAUGUGAGCGAGCUGAUGACAGCCAAACGAAGAGAAGAGCGUGUCCAAGCCAAAUGGGAGCGUGCACGACUCGAACAAGAAGCCAUUCGAACUACGAAGCUAGAAGAGGCACAGAGGGCAGAACGCCGCCGGCAAGCCGCACUCCAGUCACUGGCGCCAAAAUCCGAAUUUGUAGCGCCUGUAGGACCAAUGGAGCUGUUGGCCCUUCCCAAUUCGAAUGCAUCGGCCUCGCUCUCAUCGUCAUCCGACUAUGUAGACCAGUCAAACGAUGAUACCUCGAAACAGAUUCUACCAUCACUGCCGUCCCUUAUUGAGCAACUGGUCGGGGUAUCGGAAAGCAGAACCCACGAAAUACCUAUUCCUCUGGCUCCUGUUCACCCAUCAACUGCAAGCGAUAUCUCGAAAGCGACGGAAAGCGACGCCGACACCAACAAGCAGCUAGAUACACCCCCGUCGGAGGCUUCUACCUCCAGCGACUCUGGCACGAAAACCAUCAAGCGCCAGAAGAGUGUGCGAUUCUCCCCCACUGUUGAAUCGACUACGUUCAACUUCUCUGAUCCACCAAGCCCAGGCGCAUCGUUGCGAGCAAAGAAGCUAAGCAAUGGGGACAAAGUUCAAUCCACUGCAAACGGUGAAAAUGGCCGCAAUGUUGAAACAAAUGCUGUAAACGACAUCGUCAACAAAGAACAUUUGCAACUUACACCCGAAGAGGCUUUCUUCCUUGCCUUUGGAUUGGGGGCACUCCGCGUUGCAGAUCCAUACUCCGGCCAGUAUCUUGGGGUCCGAGAGAUGCUCCAUCUAUUCCGACAGCACUCAUAUGUUCCCCCACGAACUGGGCCAGACGAUCCAGAUCUGCGCCCGGAUGACGGCUUCCUUGUACACUAUGCCGUGUACCACCAUUUCCGCUCACUUGGAUGGGUACCACGUUCUGGUAUCAAGUUUGCCGUCGACUGGCUGCUCUACACCCGUGGCCCAGUGUUCGACCACGCUGAAUUUGGUAUCAUUGUUCUUCCAUCUUAUAGUCACGCGUGGUGGAAAGCCAACGGACGGCCCAAGCAAGACCGAAACUGGCAGUGGCUACACAGCGUGGUGCGUGUGCUCUCCCACGCUACAAAGAGCCUUGUAUUAGUAUAUGUCGACGUUCCACCGCCUACACAGUUCGAACAGGCUCUGGAGUCUGGGUUUUCUGAGGCGUUAAAGUUGUAUAAAGUGCGAGAGGUGCUUGUCAAGCGCUGGUCGAGUAACCGAAAUCGCUGAGUGAUGUUUUCCACGUGUUUUAGCAUGCAUUAGCGGGCGGCGUUGUAUAUUUUUCUUUGUUGUAUUUAACCAAACUGUCCUUGUUCAAUGCUUGGCGCAAGUACGACGAAUUGUAUAUAUUUGCAUUGCAUCAAACGUAACUGUUGUUCGUUCCCCGUGCGACUAACUCGCUUGCCUUCAACACCGCCAAACUCCGAGGCGGCCGC